AAUUUCAGGUGCACUCUGACAACCAAGUAGGAAACUAGAUUUUUUUUUCAGUACUGCAGAUUGAAUCUAGGGACAUUCUACCACCAAGCUCCACCCCUAGAAGUUUUUAUUUUUAUUUACUUAUUUUUAGUUGUUAAUGGACCUUUAUUUAAUUUAUGUAUUUAUAUGUGGUGCUGAGAGUCGAACCCAGUGCCUCACACAUGCUCAGCAAGCGCUCUCUACUGAGCUACAACCCCAACCCCAUUUUUAUUUUAUUUUUUAAUUAAUUAAUUUUAUAGUAGAAUGCAUUUUGGCGUAUAGUACAUAAAUGGAGCACAACUUCUCAUUCCUCUGGCUGUACGUGGUUCAAACAGGGUCUCAUGACGUUGCUGAGACUGACCUCCAACUUGUGAUCCUCCUGCUUCAGCCUCCUGAGUCACUGGGAUUGCAGGCAUGUGCUGUAGUCCUGGGUAAAAAUAGAUUCUUAAAUUCAUAACAAAGCAUAAAACCAAAGACUAAGGCAGCCUCUAUAAGCAUACAUACUUCCAAAAUCACCUUCAAAACAAGAAACAAAAGGGAGGCACUUUUAAAUAACUUUCAAAGCUCUUUCCUAUUAUAUGGAUUCCUUAUUCAGAGCAGAUUAUUAUUUUAUGCAUUUAUUUUGGUAACCAGUUUUGAACCCAGGGGCGCUUAACCACUGAGCCACAUCCCCAGCCCUUUUUAUUUUUUUAUUUUGAGACAGGGUCUUGCUACGUUGCUUAGAGCCUCAGCAACUGGCUUUGAACUUGUGGUCCUCCUGCCUCAGCCUCCCGAGUCACUGGGAGUCACCACACCUGACUGCAAACAGAUAUUUCCUUAUCAGACUAAGCAUCUUUAUUUUUAGCCAAACAUAAACCAGGAGCUUGGGAGCAGAUGCUGCCCUUGUUCUCCGUCAGCCACAGAGAGCCCAUGGUGCACUUGAUACAGAGGAGGGCUGUGAGGGGCCACUCAGGCUCCUAGUCCACCAUCAGCGUCCCUCAGGCUCUGCCCCUCCUGCCUGCUAGCCCACUUCUCAGGGUUCCUGUUCUGUUUACUCUCCCCCCAUGUACCAAGGCUGGACUUCAGGGUCAUCCAAGGUGGCCCAGACCAGAGCUAGAGAGAUAAAGGGGGACAUUUUUAGCCCUGGCAGCACCGCUGGACGAGGGCCAUCAACUCUCCCCACCCGUGGCCCCACCUCAGCCUGGGCACCAGAGGCUGCUGUCUGCAGGACCCGCCUGGGCGAUGGAGGACGCCUUCCCCUGAGGCCGGGUGCUGUCCCCUCCCAGGGCAGCUGGCCUGACAGCCUCUGAGGAAUUAGGCUCUCCCAGGAGAACUGGGGUCCAGGUGUGUGUCCGGCCAGAGCCUGAGCCGCACUCUGUCCCCAGCGCCAGCCGGAGCUGAAGCAAUGGCCUCCCAGCCGGAGAAGAGGGUGGCCUCGUCUGUGUUCAUCACCCUGACGCCACCGCGCCGCGACGUGGCUGUGACUGAGGGAGUGAGGCAGGCGGCCUGUGAGGCCCGGCGUGGCCACCCCUGGGAGACCCCUGCCUCCGUGAAGCCCGUGGGGGCUGCCUCGGUGGGGAAGCCCAGCCCCUGGGUGCCCUCCGGCAGGGCUGCAGCCCCUGUGCCAACUGUACCACCUCAGCUCUCCAACGGAGGAUGCUCUCCCCCUCCUCCCACCCCAGAUGGUGAGGACACACUUAGUGACCUGGACCUCCUCCCGCCGCCUCCGCCACCCCCUCCUGCGUGCCUGCCGCCUCCUGAUGAGGCAUCCCCAAUGGGGACACCCCUCAUUUCAGACUUGGAGCAGCUGCACCUGCCCCCACCCCCACCCCCACCCCAGGCUCUGGCAGAGGGCUCUUCAGCCCAGCCUCGGCCAGGUCACCUCAGGCCCCGAGACGAGGAGCUGCCACCUCCCCCAGAAGAGCCUGUCAGCUUCCCGGAGAGAGACACCUCCACAGACAUCUGUGCCUUCUGCCACAAGACUGUGUCCCCCCGAGAGCUGGCCGUGGAGGCCAUGAAGAAACAGUACCACGCACAGUGCUUCACCUGCCGCACCUGCCGCCGCCAGCUGGCCGGGCAGAGCUUCUACCAGAAGGAUGGGCGGCCCCUCUGUGAAUCCUGCUACCAGGACACCCUGGAGAAGUGUGGCCAGUGUGGAGAGGUGGUCCGGGACCACAUCAUCAGGGCCCUGGGCCAGGCCUUCCACCCCUCCUGCUUCACCUGUGUGAGCUGCGCCCGGUGCAUCGGGGACGAGAGCUUUGCGCUGGACAGCCAGAACCAGGUGUACUGCCUCGAUGACUUCUACAGGAAAUUUGCCCCCGUGUGCAGCAUCUGUGAGAAUCCCAUCAUCCCCCAGGAUGGGAAGGAUGCCUUCAAAAUCGAGUGCAUGGGAAGAAACUUCCACGAAAACUGCUACAGGUGCGAGGACUGCAGCAUCCUCCUGUCUGUGGAGCCCACGGACCAAGGCUGCUACCCGCUGAAUGACCACCUCUUCUGCAAGCCGUGCCACGUGAAGCGCAGUGCCGCGGGCUGCUGCUGAGGGGCCCUUCCUGACCUCGUCUCCCAGCCUCCCUUCCGAGCCCAGGUGGCACCUGUGUCACUGACACUUAACUAUGUAGCAGAGGGUGCUGAGGCCAGCCUGGAGCACGGGGCCAAGCGGGGUGAAGAACAACUCCAAUGUCACUUAAAAGUGCUUUUUUAAGAAUUUCGAGGUUCAGGUGAUAGGAAACGAUAUUCUUCAGAUUUGUGGAGAUAAAUUUUUUUUUCUUUGAAUAACUUGCUUUGGGGUGGGACGAAGUCUUAGGACAAAUCCCCCCUUGGUCCAUAAAUGUACAAGAAUGUCACCUGCUGGUGACACAGCCUUAGACUUCCCACCCCAGAAUGAGGCUGGGUUGGGGCAAGAGGGGAGAGGUCAGCAGCCCCUCACCUGCCUUCUGCCUCCUCCUGUGCUGCAGCCAGUCAUCAGGACGUGGUUUAAGUGCCUUUUUGUGUGCUGGGGGACAGGGACGGUGCUGAGCAUCCUUCCUGCAGCCUUAACUGGGGCUGUGCACAUCACACACACACAAAUACCCCCUCAGGAUGGUUUCGGGGCAGGUGUCCCUCCAGCCCCCUGGUUGCCCCCCACGUCUCACUCCAACCCUGCAGCCCAGGCUCCCCUGUAUCCACUGCCUCCGCAAGGCCACAUCUAGAAGGUUCUUCCCUCUUAAGGAAAAUCACUUGUUGCUUCCUGACAUCACCAGGCUCCCGUAGAACAGAUUAAAACCAGCUUUUCUCCACGGGGUCCUCGGCCCACCGCACGCUCACCUGUGAGAGCUCCGGGUUCCGGGCCCUGGGGUGGAGCCACUCAGACCCUCUGACCGGCUUUCAGUCUCCUGCGUUAAGCUUAGAGCAGCGAGGCCCAGCCUCAGCCUUCACAGCCACCUCAAUCUUCACGGUAACCGAGGACCUGUCCUGUUACCUCCACCAGCUCCAUGUCCUGUUUUCUUUCUUUCACUUCCAUUCGGGCCUCGUGCUAAGCAGUGAGUCCUUGCACUGAUGUCCACAUAGCGUGAGUGUGUCUUCCCCUCCUACGCCUUGCAAAUAAAUGUGCACCUGUCAGAA